UCUCAUGACUUUCCAAAAUAUACUUGUCUUAAUGUAAGUGUGCUUUAUUGUUUUAACGUAUUGCUCAAAAUGAUUCUAUUUUGAGACGCACAGAUCAUGUGACAACUUACCCCGGUGUCCCAUUUAAGGACUCCUUUUUUUAAACUAAACCCAUCCCUGGCUUGCUCUUGUUGGAGUGAAACGCCUGAAGGACUGACGCGUGCCGUCGGUGGCGUGCGCGUGCGCUCUCCGGGUCUCUGCGUGUCCUGCAGACGCGGCUCGGACCCAGAUCUGCCUCUCUGCGGGGGACCGAGCCAGCCUCGCACCUGCUCCCGGACUUCCUCUCGCAGACUCGUCCUCGCCUUCUCAAGAUGGAGCUGCGUCUGCUGCUCGUGUCUCUGUCGGCGCUCUGUGUUUCUGCGGAGCAGGAGGUGGAGAAUCUCUCCGGACUGUCGCCGAAUCCUGACCGGGAUAUUUUCGUAGUGAGAGAAAACGGAACGACCUGCUUGAUGGCGGAGUUUGCGGUGAAAUUCCUGAUUCCCUACGACGUGCUGGCACUGAACGGGAUCGAUCUGAUCACGGAGCAGGCGUCCGUGUCGAUCCCGCGUGGAGCUCAGAUCGCUGGGAGAUGCGGGAGCAGUGAGUCGGAGCUGCACAUCUCGUGGCUCAAUCUCGCAUUCACAUUCCGCAUCUUCUUCUCAAAGGUGAUCCGAGCAGAAACUGGUCCAUCUGAAUCCUUACAGCAGUUUUACCUCUGUGCCCUAAUGUGUGUGUCGUAUAAAUGCAUCACGGACCAGCGGGAGCAGCUGGAGCAGAUGCUGCCGCUGGUGUUGGGUCUCAUCCUGGGUCUCAUCAUCGUCAUCACCGUCUCCGUUUAUCACUUCCACCUCAAACUGAGCGCCCCGCAGCUUCCUCGCGACUGCUCGCUCUACAAGAACAUGUGA